UGUUCGACUUCGCUCCUUCGACGACUUUCCCUUCCUGUCGGCUCGGAAGUUACGACAUUUUGAUCGAAAGCAACAACGGGAGCUUGCUGGCUGUGAAGGUUCUCCCUUUCGCGCGCUUCUUCGGCGACUGUUGAGCUUCGGCGACACGGUUGCCGCGGAUAAGUCUUCCGCCACUCUUUAAAUCCCGUUUAAUCCACCGAACCGAGGGAUUCAGUAAAUCCGGGAUUUAAGCCGUAAAUCCGGGAUUUAAGCCGUAAAUCCGUAAAUCCGGGAUUUAUUGAAUCUCUGGAUUUAACGCGCGCUGUAAAACCGUUUGGCUGGAUUUAGCUAAAUCCGACUUAAAUCCGAUACCAAACAGCCCCUAAACGAGGCCUCAACCCUACGCCGAUUGAAGUACUCAAAACCCUUUUCUCCUCAAAACCCAAUCACCGUUUCUUCGUCUCCUCCAUGCGUCGCCUCAGGGUGAAGAAAUCGCGCAAGCAGCAGCGCCUGUCAGAGUCUCAAGAGAUCAAGCUCCUGGAAGAAUGGAUCGAAGCGCGAAAGCCCGACUCCGGGACCAACCCGCUUGCAAUACCUGCGCAGCCGCCGACGGCGCCUGUUGGCAGGACGGCGGACGGUGGUUUCACCCCAUAUGCAGAUUGCAAGCUGUUUCGGCAACUCCCCAUCUCACGAAAGACCAAGGAAGGGCUUGCACCAAAGUACAAGGAGAUGAGUGAGAUCCAGCGGGCCUCACUGCCUCACUCACUCUGUGGACGGGACAUCCUCGGCGCUGCUAAGACCGGGUCUGGAAAAACUCUAGCUUUCAUCAUCCCGGUUGUAGAAAAAUUAUACAGAGCAAGAUGGGGUCCUGAGGAUGGUGUUGGAAGCAUUAUAAUAUCCCCUACGAAGGAAUUGGCAGGGCAACUUUUUGAAGAAUUGAAAGUAAUAGGAAAAAAUCAUACUCUCAGUGCAGGUCUUCUAAUUGGUGGGCGUAAAGAUGUCGAUGCCGAGAAGGAUCGUGUUAGUUCUCUUAACAUCUUGAUAUGUACACCUGGCCGGCUCCUUCAGCACAUGAAUGAGACCCCAAAUUUUGAGUGUUCACAACUUCAGGUUUUAGUUUUGGAUGAAGCUGAUAGGAUGCUUGAUAAAAAGUUCAAAGGAGAAUUAGAUGCAAUUAUCUCUCAACUCCCUAAAAGGAGACAAACCUUACUCUUCUCUGCCACUCAAACUAAGUCUGUUAAAGACCUUGCAAGGCUUAGUUUGAAAGAUCCAGAGUACAUCAGUGUGCAUGCUGAAUCCGUAACAGCAACGCCUGAACGCUUGAAACAAGUAGCAAUGGAGGUUCCUCUUGAUCAAAAAUUAAAUAUGUUAUGGAGUUUUAUAAAAUCACAUCUUCGUUCAAAGAUGAUUGUGUUCCUUUCAACCUGCAAACAGGUUAAAUUUGUCUAUGAGGCAUUCAAGAAACUGCGCCCUGGUAUUCCUUUGAAAUGCCUCCAUGGGAAUAUGAAGCAAAAUGCAAGGAUGGCAAUAUACUUGGAUUUUUGUGAGACCACUUCAGUGCUAUUUUCAACUGAUGUGGCAUCUAGAGGACUUGACUUUCCAGCUGUUGACUGGGUGAUUCAGGUUGAUUGCCCUGAAGAUGUUGCAGCUUACAUUCACAGAGUUGGCCGAACUGCGCGUUUUACUUCUGAAGGGAAUUCAGUAUUGUUCCUUUUGCCAUCAGAAAGGGAAAUGCUAACAAAAUUACAGUCAGCGGAGCCUAAAAUACCGAUACAGCUAAGAAAGGUAAAAUCAGAAAAAAUGGAACAAAUUUCUGGGUCGUUGGCAUCAGUGUUGGUUAAGUAUCCGGAAAUGCAGCAGCUUGCUAAAAGAGCUUUCAUCACUUAUGUGAGGUCCAUAAACCAUCAGAAGGAUAAGGAAGUUUUUGAUGUAUCCAAAUUACCUUUGGAAGAAUAUUCUGCAUCUCUCGGCCUCCCUAUGAAACCAAAUGUUAGCUCCAAAAGCCAAAAAAUGAAGAAUAAAAAAGAAACAGUGGUUGAACAAGAACAUAAAGUGGAAGUUGAGGGCGAAGUUCUUUAUAAUGUUGAUGGAUUCAGAGUUGAUGUCGAAGAUGGUCGAAUCCAGAAACUAGUUGUAAAGAUGAUGCAAGGGAAGGCCAAGAGUAACAGAGCUGAGGAAGAAGAAGAAGAUGAUGACAUUCUGGUGCCAACGAAGUCAUCUGUGGAGCUUGAUAAAAGUGAACUUACUAUCUUACCCACCAGGAUAUUGAAAAAGAAGAAACUGAAGAUAAAUGUCCACAGACCUGUAGGAACUAGAGUGAAGUAUGAUGAUGAUGGCAAUCAAGUAGCUCCACUUGCUGCCUUCGCCAUCACAGAGGGCGCCGACACCAUUCUUGAACCAGAAAAAGUUAAGGAAAGAUACGAGAAAUUGAGAGAAGAGAUGAAGCAGCAUGACAAGGAAGACAAAGUUCUCCUACGGCAAAGGCUUCGAGAUAAAAGAACUAAAGAUAAGAUGAAGCUAAAGAGAUGGAGGGAAGAAGAAGAAGAUGAUGAGGAUAUUAAUGGAGACGACUCGGAAACAGACUUGGGCAGAAAGAGUAAGAUGAAGAACUCAAAGAUAAAUUUUGAGAGUGAGAGUGAUGAUGACAGGAAGAUGAAGAAGAUGAAGGGUUUUGAUGCAGAUGUGAUUUCCUUAGCGGAGCAAGAAGCAUUGGCUUUAAAGCUUUUGAGUUCUAUGCACAAUUCAUAGAUGAGUUUGGCCUUGUUUGUACCCCAUAUUCUUUUCUAUAUUUGGGCUCAUAUCAGUUGCUAUGCAAAGCUAUUUAAAGUGUAUCAUGUAAGUUGUCUUGUAAUCUUUCUUGAGAUCCAAGAAAGAAUUUUUAUUUUUCUUGGUAAAAAUGUUUGAUAUUUUUGAAUUCACCAAGGGGUUAUUUGGUUGUAGAAAUUUGAAAUUUAUAGAUAUUGCAAGGAUCUUGGUGCAGUAUA